GUACGAUCCAGGUAUAGCAUUAUUGUCUGACGCCCGUAUAACUCUUCCUUUCACGUCGUAGUGACUGAAAGAGCUGUCCGGCCGAGCUCUGGUGUGCAUGGAGACAGGCUUGCACCCGCGAAGCUUAUGUAUUGCAUGCAGGACGCUGAGAAGCACAGGUUUGGAACAAAAGAGCCGAGAUGAGGUGGUGCGGACACUAAGCGACGCCGGUCUUGCUGUCUGUCGUCCACUACUACGUGUUGGCUGGGGCUGGUGACAGUACUUAUACACCAGGUGCGAGAAACAGAAGGGCUUUCCCGUCACCCUAUUCCCGGCACAGCGCACGCGAAGGCCUUCUGCUACCUGGCAAAUCCGUGACAACCUCACAGCCUUCCCCUCUACGCUCAUCGACCGACAAUGGAACCACGGACCAAGGCGCACAAGCAUGAUCGCAUUGCUGAAUGGGUGGAGCAGCAGUCUGCGAUGAGGUACUCGCCCCGAUCGUACGAUCCCCCACCCAGGAUCACCAUCCCCGCCCCCAGCAGCGUCAGCCGGACUGGUUCGAGCUCAACGCGCACGACGUCUUUCUCCGAACAAUCGUCUGCAGGGCCAUCCACGCUCAAGAGACGUGCUGUGCCUCCAUCUCCGAGCCACACAAACCCAAUAUCAAUGACGGUUGCGCCCGCACCGCCCCACGAGCAGCGGACGCCGCCAUUCCCGCAGAGUCCCCCGGGAUCGGGAUACCCGAUGGCCAUGGAGGUGGCAUCGCCUCGGGUGGAAACACCUAGGGUAAGCACAAGUUAUUUGUAUGAAAGUGGUUUACAUGCCACUGACGGGGACCUCGGUACGUAGCCCACAAGGCCGUCACUGCUGAAGAAACGACGUCCGUCAGUUGCGGAGCAAGUGAAGUCGUUUGGAUCGAACAAUGUACCGUGGAAACGAGACGAACCCACAAACCAAUAGGCCUGCUGUUAUGAAAGCGUGCGUCGACCAUGAUAGCUUGAAAGUUGGCGAUGCUUUGACCGAGAUCAUCCAGGCCAAUGUAACGUCGGCGCUAUCUUCUCUUCGCAAUGUCUCAGCAUUUACAGCUGCUUUGUUCACUAAAUUAUGGCGCACAUGUAUUCGUUGUUGAGCGGCAUUGAGUAUCUGGACUUAGCCGAGGACUGGAUGGGACUCUUGCCGCUCGGACUGUAACUACUUCGCCGGUUUGAGUAGCAUGUACGGUACUUGUACUAGUGUUUUAGUGUCCAAAAACCAGAAGUGACACACUCCCCACGACCUUCAAGGAAGGCUAGAUGCUUACAAUAUACUCAUC